GCGAGUGAACCUUGGCAACGCUGCAGUAACGUGAACAGAACGGGUACAGAAAAGAAUUCCAUCAAACCGUUUAAUGCAGUAUAUUGAUAUUUUAGCUUACAUUAGGUGUUACAAAAAUAUAAAUAAAUGUGAAGCGAUCGAUUGAUUAUAUAAGACCCUGUGUAAAGAGUGAUGAAUAUCAAACAUUCUCAAAACGAGAACUUACGCAGUCCAUUUGUUGAGCUAAGGGCGCUGCACACGUAACCUGGACUUGAACAUUAAAAAUGGAAGGUGAUGAGUUAUUGAAGUGCAAUGUGUGUCUAAGUAGUUUUGACAGCAACUUCCAUAAGCCGCUGUUACUUCCAAGUUGUGGACACACUUUCUGCAGAUUUUGUCUAGACACUCUUCAUAAGCAGUCCAAGAAUUCUUGUCCAGAGUGUCGAAAACAAAAUGCUGUGAUCUCAGUUAAUUUAUUGCCAACCAAUUUUAGUUUGCUUGCUUUAGCUGAGUCUCAGACACAAAGUGACCCUGACUUGUCAGCAAGGCCUAAAUCACACAGACUACACGGGUCAUCAACUAGAAACACAGAGUUCCAUGAUGAAGUCCCUGAGGCACUUCCAACCACAAGACCAACAACAGCCCCUGUUCAUCCUGUAGGAACACCCAGAAACCUUAUGAAUUUAGGGGCCAGGCCUAGACCUAACUUCGGACGGGGCAAUCAAAGACAGGUGUUAAGGAACUACAAAGCACAGCAUCCAUCUCCAACUUUUAUGCAGCAGGCUACAAACAUGAACUCAAACAUGCAGGCAACAAGGAGGAAUCGGCAGAAUCUCGAUCAGCCAGAUUUCUGCAAUGACAUGGCAGAAGCUGUGAAACUACAGGAAGAGCUAGACUUUCAGAUGGCAAUACAUCUGACAUUUUGUAAAGAUGCCAGUCAUAAACAUGAUGACCCAAAUUGUACUCCAAACUGUUGGCAGUUUCCAGCAGAUGAAGAGCUUUCUACUGCCAUACAUCAGACCUUUUAGUUUGUUCAUGUCAGUUUUGCUUAAACGUUCUAAGCAAGUUCAUUUGAUUUUUUAUCACUAUUUCUUUUUCAUUUUCUAAGCUGUGAUUGAAGUAAGAGUGUUUUUAGGAGUGUGAAGUAAGAGUAAAUUGUUUUUCACGACAUGAGUAAUACAUAUGUAAUGCAACAUCUACUAUAUUUUGGUUAUUUAUUUAUAUUGGUUAGUAAUAUUUUGAAAAUGAGUAUGUGUUAUAAGAAUGUUAUGAUUUUUUCUCCUUACCUGCAAUACUCAGUAUUUGGAGUAAGAUUAUGUCACAUUGAUAUUGGAAAAUAAAAAGUUUAUAAUUUUUCAUUUUAAAAAUCAGUUUCCAACAAACUGAAGAUGUCAAGGUAGCCUAUUGGGUUUUUACUUUACCUACAUAAAAUAACUGUAUGACAACUGGUUACAAGUUUCAUUUGUGUGUAUAGUAUAUUUAUGCAUUGCAUCCCAUUUGAUUUUGUAAUUUUUAUGUAAAUUUAUGUUAUUCUGUGCCUGUGAGAAGCUCACUUUGAGUGUUCUGAUAAACAACUAUAUAUGAAAAAAAAAUCUACACCAGGUAUCAUGUAAUUGACUAUUCAGGAUUUUUGUAGCAAGACAGAAGACAUCAGUGAAAAUACUUUUGGCACAAUGCAGAUUUUUUCCCCAUACUAAAAUGAAUAUUGAAUGAAAUUUUCGUUCCUACAUGUACGCGCGCGCGCGCGUCACACACACACACACACACACACACACACACACACACACACACACACACAUACAUACAUACAUACAUACAUACAUAUACACACACAAAAAACAUGUAUCUCUAUGCAUGUAUAUGUAUUGUUCAUACUUGAAAAAUGUUUGUAAGUACUUGAUUUACUCGGGUCUUCAAUUUUGCAUUACUUUUGUUUUCAAGGAAAGUGUUGCUAAACUAUGUGGCAUUCCAUGGUUUUCCAAAAUUACUUGCUACGAGAAUUGUUUACCAAAGAAUUCAUUUUAAAUUUGUAUUCAGGUAGAAAUCUCUGCUUUGAUUUACUUGAUUAAACUGAAAUUGUUUUU